CCCGGUACCAAGAUGGCGGCAGAAGCAGCUGGUGGGAAAUACAGAGGCACAGUGAGCAAAAGCAAAGACCCCUCGGGGCUACUCAUCUCGGUGAUCAGGACUCUCUCAACCAGUGAUGAUGUCGAAGACAGAGAAAAUGAGAAGGGCCGCCUUGAAGAGGCCUAUGAGAAAUGUGACCGUGACCUGGACGAGCUGAUCGUGCAGCACUAUACAGAGCUGACGACCGCCAUUCGCACAUACCAGAGCAUCACGGAGCGCAUCACCAACUCGCGGAAUAAGAUCAAGCAGGUGAAAGAAAGUCUGCUCUCAUGCAAGAUGCUCUUGCACUGCAAGCGGGAUGAGCUUCGCAAACUGUGGAUUGAAGGAAUCGAACAUAAGCAUGUCUUGAACCUGCUGGAUGAAAUAGAGAACAUCAAGCAAGUGCCUCAGAAGCUGGAACAGUGCAUGGUCAGCAAGCACUAUCUCAGUGCCACUGACAUGUUGGUGUCAGCAGUUGAAUCUUUGGAGGGCCCCCUGCUCCAGGUGGAAGGACUGAGUGACCUUAGGUUGGAGCUUCACAGCAAGAAGAUGAACCUCCACUUGGUUCUCAUCGAUGAACUGCACCGGCAUCUGUACAUCAAAUCUACUAGCAGAGUCAUGCAGCAGCCCAAGGAGAAAGGAAGGAUGAGCUCCCAUAUGAAAGAUGCAUCUCCUGUUCCUCUGAUUGAUGUUACAAACCUUCCUACUCCCAGAAAAUUCCUUGAUGGGUCUCAGUAUUCUACUCCUGGAAGCUCAAGUGUGAAGGAGAUGAACUUGCAGGAUAUCAAAGAGGAUUUGGAAUUGGAUCCAGAGGAAAACAGCACCCUUUUUAUGGGCAUCCUUAUCAAGGGGUUGGCCAAACUAAAGAAGAUUCCAGAGACAGUGAAGGCCAUCAAAGAACGUUUGGAGCAGGAGCUAAAGCAAAUUGUGAAGAGGUCUACAACCCAGGUGGCCGACAGUGGCUAUCAGAGGGGGGAGAACCUCACUGUGGAGAACCAGCCAAGAUUGCUUCUAGAACUGCUGGAACUGCUGUUUGACAAGUUUAACGCUGUUGCCAGUGCGCACUCUGUGGUCCUGGGAUACCUACAGGACACCGUGGUGACUCCCCAGACCCAGCAGGAAGAUGUCAAGCUGUAUGACAUGGCAGAUGUGUGGGUGAAGAUCCAAGAUGUUCUGCAGAUGCUGCUGACCGAGUACUUGGAUAUGAAAAACACUCGCACAGCCUCUGAACCGUCAGCACAACUCAGUUAUGCCAGCACUGGACGAGAGUUUGCAGCCUUUUUUGCCAAGAAGAAACCUCAAAGGCCAAAAAAUUCUCUUUUCAAGUUCGAGUCGUCCUCCCAUGCCAUCAGCAUGAGCGCCUACUUGCGGGAGCAGAGGCGGGAGCUCUACAGUAGGAGUGGAGAACUUCAAGGGGGUCCUGAUGACAACUUAAUUGAAGGUGGAGGGACAAAAUUUGUCUGCAAACCUGGAGCCAGAAAUAUUACGGUCAUAUUCCAUCCAUUACUAAGAUUCAUUCAGGAGAUUGAGCAUGCCCUUGGGCUUGGUCCUGCCAAACAGUGUCCUCUUCGAGAAUUUCUCACCGUGUACAUCAAAAAUAUCUUCCUCAAUCAGGUCUUGGCAGAGAUCAACAAGGAGAUUGAGGGUGUCACUAAAACAUCAGACCCCUUGAAAAUUCUCGCAAAUGCAGACACCAUGAAGGUUCUGGGGGUGCAGCGACCUCUCCUGCAGAGCACAAUCAUUGUGGAGAAGACCGUACAGGACCUCAUGAAUCUGAUGCAUGACUUGAGUGCCUACUCAGACCAGUUCCUCAACAUGGUGUGCGUGAAGCUCCAGGAGUACAAGUAUACCUGUACAGUAGCCUACAGGAGCAUUGUCCAAUCAGAAGAAAAGCUUGUUAUCAGUGCAUCUUGGGCAAAAGAUGACGACAUCAGCAGACUCUUGAAAUCACUACCAAACUGGAUUAAUAUGGCUCAGCCCAAACAGCUGAGGGCAAAGAGAGAAGAAGAAGAAGAUUUUAUAAGGGCAGCCUUUGGCAAGGAGUCAGAAGUUCUUAUUGGGAACCUGGGUGAUAAAUUAAUCCCUGCCCAAGAUGUCCUGCGGGAUGUCAGUGACCUCAAAGCCUUGGCCAACAUGCAGGAGAGCCUGGAGUGGCUAGCCGGUCGGACCAAGUCAGCGUUCUCCAACUUGUCCUCCUCCCAGAUGCUGUCUCCUGCUCAGGAUAGCCACGUGAGUGUGGAUCUUCCCCCAGUGUCAGAGCAGAUCAUGCAGACUCUGAGUGAACUUGCCAGAUCUUUCCAGGAGAUGGCCGACCGUUGCUUGCUGGUCCUACAUCUGGAAGUCAGGGUUCACUGUUUCCACUAUCUCAUCCCUCUUGCAAAGGAGGGAAACUAUGCCAUUGUCGCUAAUGUGGAAAGCAUGGAUUAUGACCCUCUGGUGGUGAAGCUCAACAAGGACAUCAGCGCCAUUGAGGAAGCCAUGAGUGCCAGUCUUCAGCAGCACAAGUUCCAGUAUAUAUUUGAAGGACUGGGACACCUGAUCUCCUGCAUCCUCAUUAAUGGUGCACAGUACUUCAGGCGCAUCAGUGAGUCUGGCAUCAAGAAAAUGUGCAGGAACAUUUUUGUUCUUCAGCAGAAUUUGACUAACAUCACCAUGUCCCGAGAGGCCGACCUGGACUUUGCAAGGCAGUACUACGAGAUGUUGUACAACACAGCCGAUGAGCUCCUGAACCUGGUGGUGGACCAGGGCGUAAAGUACACGGAGCUGGAGUAUAUCCAUGCCCUGACCUUGCUGCACCGCAGUCAGACGGGCGUGGGAGACCAGACCACCCAGAACACAAGGCUGCAGCGACUCAAGGAGAUCAUCUGCGAGCAGGCUGCCAUCAAGCAGGCCACCAAGGACAAGAAAAUCACCACGGUUUAAUGGGGUGCAUUUCUGGGAGGGGGGUCUGGGGGGAGAAACUGGCUGCUUGUGUUUUCUUAUUCACACUCCUUUCUUUGAUCUGUUUGGUAUAUUCUACACUGAUUUAGUUUUCUCUACAGUGAUACUUUAGUGGAGAGAAGUUAUAAGGAUUUUUUUUUUCUCUGUAGUUUUGGCUUUUCAUAUCAAUUGUCAAGAGAGUUUUUAGUACAUUAGCUUUGGGUUUGGCAACUACUUUAACGUAGUCAGUGCCAAAGGGACUUGGGUGGGGUGGGAGGUAAUGUCAAGUUGUUAGACUGAACAAAUGAAUGCAUGCAUUACUAACACGUUCUUUCUUACCCAACAAUCUCUGGAAAGUAAAAUACUACCCGAGAUCUACUCCCAACCUAAAAUCACAACUACAUAAGCAGUAAGAUUUGUAUUCUCUUGGCCUUGUGGGUUACAAUUCAACGAAAUGUAUGUGCAUUGCUUUCUGUGUAGCCGAGGUCAAACAAUGACUUCUCCACUGGCUGUAGUUUUCAACAACUUCCCUAACCAAAACAGGCCCUCUUCAGGACCGGGGGCAAAGACCACUUAUCUCAAUUGAGCUACCUGCUGUAACUCAUACAUAGAAUACAGGUUUUUGUUAUUUUCACUGUAUCUCAAAAAACUGCCAGCAGAUGAAUGACAAAAAUGGGAGAAUGAAUGAUGAUUCAACCCUCUUCUUGAAUUUCUCCCCUCUGCUCUCCAAGAGAAAACGGUGACAGAGCAGAGCACUUUGCAACGUAUCGGCAACACUGGACACGAAUGAGUCUUAGAUGCUCCCUUAGUGUCUUUAUGAACCCCCAAGUAUUGCUCACCUUGGAAAGCAGCCCUGGUCUGCUCCCCUGAAUGGGCAGACCAUGGGACAGCCACGUGUCCCUCGUGCAUGAGUCCACACAGAGCCCAUCCCUCCAUGCUGCUCUCUGUGGCAUGAGCAGUCCAUGGCUGGUCACUGCCCGCACCACUCUCUCCCGCUUUCCAAGCGCUCUUGCUGCCCAUGGGUGGUAGUCACAGGAAGAAACUAUGUGCUGAUGUGGACAUAUUUGGAAAGGAGAGCAGAAGGACUUUGACCACACAUGGUCAUGCCUCGCGCUGUGAAGGUCCAAAAUUAUAUGCCUGUUUGUGCAAAUUUGGUCUUGGUGGAAAAGAGCAGAACAUUAAAUGAAAAUUAAAUAAAUGUUUUGAGAAG